CAAAUAUCAACAAGACAAGUCGACUUUUUUUAUCACAAUUCUCACUGUAUAGCAAAACAGAAAAUAAAAAAAUCUGCACAGGAGAACCUCAGGCAAUGCGUCGUAGAGACAUAUUUUUUGUUAUAAAUACGAAGAUGCAAGUUCAAAUGAUGAACAGACAGUGAUUAGCACUGUUGCAUUCAAGUGGUCUAACAAUUUGGAGUCUUUGAAAGUGCUUUGACCAUGCGAUUGUACUCGUUUCGUGGUUCUUUGAUUUUCAUAAUUUUAUUUUGGAUAAGUGGAAGUGGUGAAUGUUUGUCACCUAAAUAUGUGAACUCUCAACAAUUCAAACAGUUUACGAUCUACAAGAGAUGUAUGGAAAAGUAUUUAGUUCCAACAUGGAAACUCCUCGGUCCAGCAUAUAACGGAUCAUUCUAUGUAACUCUCAACUUCCGAUUUAAUCAGCUGUUUGAAAAAGCACAUCCUAUCGCCAUUGUUACACCUACUGAAACUCGAGACGUUCAAGCUGCCGUUAAAUGUGGUGUUAAGACUAGCAUUCCACUUGUGCCGAUUUCCGGUGGUCAUUCGUACGCUGGAUUAUCGAUCGGUUCAAACCAUUCAAUUGUUAUCGACUUUUGUUACAUGAAUGCCAUAACAAUAAAUCGUAAAAAACAAACCGUCACCGCUGAAUCUGGUACAUUAAUAGGUCAAUUGUAUGGUACACUUUGGGAGCAUGGUAAAUUAGGUUCUGCACUUGGUAUUUGUGCAACGGUUGCAAUAGGUGGACUUGUACUUGGCGGUGGUAUUGGCUAUUUUUCAGCGCUCUAUGGACUCGUCAUAGACAAUCUCUUGGAAAUAAAUAUGGUGGAUGCACGGGGCAACUCAGUUCAGGUCGAUCGAAAUCACAAUGUGGAUUUGUGGUGGGCCAUGCGUGGUAUUGGAUCGGGGUACAUAGGAUUAGUGACCAGCGUUAAAUUGAAGGCAUUCAGGGCCGAUGAGCUUGAAUUAAUAUUUGUGCAAAUGAAAUACCACAACAGAAGUUUUAAAACGGUCAUGGGAAGUUACAUAAAAUGGCUAGAUUGGACGAAAAAAAAUGAUCCGAGCAUCGCUUCUGUUAUAGCAAUAAGGGGCGAUGACUAUAACAAUCCAUAUGACUCAGUAUGGCCUGGCAUAGAAGUUCAAUUACUACAAGUGAAAGAUCCUAGAAUCAAAUGGACUGGGAACCCAGCUUUCUUAAAUGCAUCGCGACACAUUUUUCCUAAACCAAUUGAGUACAACGUUACAUAUCCCAGUUUCGGCGAAUUUGUCGUGACCAACAACCACACUGUGGAAUAUGGAAACAUGGAAAAGUGGAUACCAGAUACAAUCAAAAGUAAAUUCGAUUAUCUGUCAUCGAUUACCAAAGAUAAGGCCAGGCCCCGCCACUUUUAUGCCAAGUCAUUCUAUGUUAAAAAACGAUACCGUGCCGAGCAUUUGUUGCUAGCAGAAAAAGUUUUGCUGGAAAUUCCGAAUGACAGUUGCGGUAUUUGGAUCAAUUCCGAACAAGGAGCUGUUGCUAGACACCAAUCUAAUGAAUCAUCCUACGUUCAUCGUGACGUUCUAUUCAAUUUCAAGAUCUACCACAAUGGCAAUAACGUCGAUCACAUUGCGCCAAGCCAAAAGUGGAUCAAGAAAUUCUAUAAAUCCGUUCAUUUUCUCGAUAGCGGCGAAACAUAUCAGAACUAUCCGGAACGGGGUUUGAGAAAUCAUUUACACAGAUAUUACGGAUCGAAUUUGAAAAGGCUAAUUGAAAUUAAGAGGAAAUGGGAUCCGGACGGUUAUUUCAAUUCGGAACAGUCGAUUCCUAUCCAUUAA